UUCUUUCUGCUCAAUGAUCCUCAUCAGAGUCUCUAAAUCAAACAUGUAUCGAUGUAUGAUUUCGUGUUUGUUACCGUUGACUUUUGACCUCUCAGCAAGUCCUUAAACAUUUUAUAGAUGCUUUAUGAAUUAUCCCAGAUCACCUGUAGAUCUACAUCAGCUUUCAGGUGCGACGUCUUUGGGAAGCAGUUUGCGAUUCUUAGAUGAUUUCUGCAAAAACACUUUCGCCUUUUGCAAAUGCAAAUGUAUAAAUGUUGCGGAUUAUUUUUCAUCGAAAAUUCGUUCUCUAAGCUGGUUUGUGGACAAAGAGAAAGCCACCAGACUGUCAAAACCAUCAAUGGCUUCAUUUCGUAAAUCUUUUAUAAAAGCACAGCCUGUCAUCUCUGUUAUUAUGCAUGUCUUGACACUUAACUUGUCGUUCAAACCUGUCACAUCGGAAAAGACUACAGAAGCUAAACUGCCUGACCCUUGCUACAACUACACUGUGCUGGAUGAACCAUGGAGAGCCACCAGUAAUACAUAUGGCUACCAUUCAUAUUACAUGUGUGACACCUCAGUCUCCUGGAGCGGCUGGUAUCGUCUCUUCAUUUACAACCAGAGCGCUCAGAUCCCAGACACCUGUGUUACAGUCUACGGCUGUGGCACAGCUAUUGCUCUGUGGAUUCGUGGUGGACACCCAUCAGUGACUGAUGGAGUCGUCACUCGAGAUGUCUGUGGUAGUGAUGGAAGUUACUGCUGCUUUCACCUGUCAAAUCCAAUUAAAGUCAAAGCUUGUCCAGGCAAUUAUUAUGUCUACAAGCUAGUUAGUCCCACUGGAUGCAAUUUUGCAUACUGUGCAGAAGUGAGAAGCGUUAACACCAGCUACACACCUGUCACACCCGCAACCCUCACAAAAGACCCCUGUUACAACUACACUGUGCUGGACAACCCGUGGAGAGCUGUCAAUAAUACAAAUUCAAACAUGUGUGACCAGAUCGCCUGGAGCGGCUGGUAUCGUCUUUUUAUUCAAGGCUGGAAUGCUGAGAUCCCAGACACGUGUGGAGCUCAGUACGGCUGUGGCACUUCUAUUCCACUGUGGCUUCGUGGAGGACAUCCAGCAGUUGGGGAGGGAGUCGUUACUCGUGAAGUCUGUGGUCAAUCAGGCAGUUACUGCUGCUAUUACGGGAUUUACCCAGUUAAAGUCAAAGCCUGUCCAGGCAAUUAUUAUGUCUAUGAGCUUGUCAGUCCAACUUUCUGCAAUGCAGCCUACUGCGCAGCUAUUUCUAACAUCAUCAGCGCUAAUACAACAGUCGCACCUGAGACGUACUCAUUUGAUAUAAAUAUAACGCUGCAAGAAGGAUGCAACAGUCAGGCGUGUUUCCAAAAUCUCCUUGAGAAGAUAGAAAACAUUACAACCCAAGUGCUUUCUGUGACUGAUGUGACAAAAAUUUUGACUGUGGCCUUCAACACUUCAGAGAAGAUUUUAGACUCAUCAUCAGCAAGCCCAACUGAACUAGCCUCUUUUGGAAACCACAUGUUAAAAACCAGCGAGAAACUCAUCUCUACAUUAGUGAAGCCCACAGACACAAGCGACAGUGUCAGUUUUACUCUAGCUGUUGUAGAGGGUCAGGUUUUCAUGGUUGGACCACAGGUCACCUUAGAUAAAAUCCCUCAACUUGACACAACAAAUUCUUCUGUGGACAUUGAUCUCAUUGGGAUUGCCAAGAACAACAUUAAAGAAUCAGCUGCUGUGGCUUUCAUGAGCUACACUAUGAUGGAGAAUCUUCUGAAGCCAGACUUCUUCAACACAUCAAAUGACACGAUUAAAACCAUGCUGUCUACUGUGAUCUCAGCUACUCUUCCUAGAACCACCAACACUAAACUCACCAAACCAGUCAACUUCACCCUAAAACACAUCAGAGAGUUUGAUCCCAGUGGUUCUUUGUCCUGUGUGUACUGGAAUAUCAGCGAGUGGAUUGUAGAUGGUUGUUCUGUUUUAAAGACCAACAGCAGCUUCACUGUGUGUUCCUGUGUUCAUCUCUCCACAUUCGCCCUCAUCAUGCAAACCAGCCGUCCACCAGAGGGAGACUCACUGAUGGAGCAGUUGAAUAUGGUGUGUGUGAUCGUGGGGCUGGGGUUCUUCAGUCUGGCUCUGUUGACCUUUGCCCUUUGUCAGUGGAGUCCUGGAGUGAAUAAUGUGGCUCGGAUCAACAUCUGCAUCAGUCUUCUGCUGGCUCACCUUCUGUUUCUGCUCACACAGCAGUUCCUGACGGUCAUACGACCUCAGCAGGAGUUGUGUGCCGUGAUCGCAGGCCUUCUGCACUUCCUCUUUCUCUCCGCCUUUGUGUGGAUGUUCAUUGAAGCCGUGCUGCUCUUCAUCCGUGUGAAGAACCUAUCACAGAUCAGCUCCAAAAAGAAGGAGGUGCUUAGCAGUGGAUUCCUGUGUGUGAUUGGAUAUGUGGUUUCUCUGGUUGUGGUGUGUGUGUCUGUCGGUCUGGUUCCUGAUGGAUACGGCAGUGAACAUUGCUGGAUUAACCAGGAUGAAGGUUUUAUCUGGAGUUUUCUGGGUCCUGUUUGUGUCAUACUAGCAUUAAACACAAUUCUCUUCAUCAGUAUCAUCCUCACUCUAAACUCAACACUCAAAAAGCUGAAUGCUGAGGUUUCACAGAUUAAACAAACCAAGAUUAUAGUGUUUAAAACUCUGGCUCAGUUUGUGGUUCUUGGUUGCUCCUGGAUUCUGGGUUUCUUCACUAAAGACAGUAAGGAGCUGGAGAUCCUCUUCUUGAUCUUGAACUCUCAGCAGGGAACCUUCAUCUUUCUGAUCUACUGUGUCCUCAAUCACGAGGUCAGGCAGCAGUACAGGAAGUUCUUGAGAUGUCUUUGCUGUAGUAAACAACACUGAGGACUACAGCAUCAUGUUCGGGAUAAACAGUACCGGUGUUAAAUGAACUCUUCCAGGUGUCUAUAUGUGUCCAUGCUACAGAGUGUUUAAAAUGUACACUAAAGCAGUGUUAAAGUUAAUGAGGUAAUUAAAAGAUUCAUUGAGUGACGAUUAUCUCUUAUUAUAGACACCUGAUUAACAAGCAGAAUCACCAAAGAAGAAAAUCUAAAUUUUAUCAUUACAGUGAUCAGUGUUUACUUCAGCUGGGCUCUUGACCCUUGACUUCAUAAUAUUACGUAUUGUUUUACUGCAAUGAUCACGCUAUGCCACCAGCCAGAAAUCAUGGGUUAUGAAAUCAUUCUAACAUAAGCAAUAAUCCACCGAACCACUGAAUCUAUUUUUAAAGUUUCUCAAAGUUACAUCUUCGUCAUUGAUUAAGACAAUAUUUUGAUUCCUCAAAAAAACGUCACUACUUCAGAAAGCUUGUCUUUUUAGGCACACACAGAUAUCAGUGUGUGUAUCUUAAGAAUGUGAUAAGCAGCAUAAUCAGACAAACAGAUGUAUUUGUUUAUUCAUGCAGCAAUGCAGGAUGGGAGCCAUGGAUGAGUUUUGAUUCUCGAUGUCUGCGUGGACAAUUAAGAACAAGUUUUUGAUCAAAAUAAGUUUCGUAAACACCGUGUUGACAACUAACAAAUCCAAACUAAUUUGUUCAGGUCACUACAUGAUGAUUGGACCAAAACGUAAUCCUCUCCACACAAUUACUUUUGCUCUUCUUUUGUCUGAUUGUUAUAAUUCAGUUAUAGCAGCCAAACGCUACAUGUUAAUAUAAAAUCAAGGGUCAAGAGCCCAACUAAAGUAAAAGCUGACCACAGUAAUGGCAACUAAAAGAUAAUUCUUCUUGUUAACAUCAGGUGUCUUCAAUAACGGACAACCAUCACUCAAUGAAUCUCUUAAUUACCUCAUUAACUUUAACACUCUGUAGUGUGGACACAUAUAGACACCUGGAAGUGUUCAUUUGAAACUAAGGAUUUUGUUGUGUACUGCUGAAGUGUAAUGUCAUUCGUACAGUAAAAAACUGAAUCAAUCAA